CAUCUAAAACACAACUGUUAAUGGCUCUCUGGUAUUUAGGUACUCCUGAUUCUUACAGAUCUGUUUGUGGACGUUUCGACUUGGGUAAGGCUACAGGUUUAAGAGCAACAAGAAGAAUUGUUAAAGCUUUAUUUGAAUUGGGACCGACAUUUAUUAAAUGGCCCAAUGGUGAAUAUGCUAAUGAAAUAAAAGAAGAAUUCCUUCGCCAGGAUUUUCCAGAUACAAUCGGCUGUAUUGAUGGAUGUCAUAUUUCUAUUCCAUUACCAAAAGAGCAUGGGCAGUCGUAUAUAAAUAGAAAGGGAUUUUCUAGUUUGGUCUUACAAGUAGUAUGUGAUCACAAAUUAAAAUUUACUCACGUAUAUGCUGGUGAACCUGGUCCCUCACAUGAUGCUAGGAUAUUUAAGAAUAGUGACCUAUAUCAGAAAAUGAUGAAUGAUCCACAAGAGAUGUGGAUCAUUCAUCAGAAAAUAGCCAUCUGGUAGGCGAUAGCGCAUACCCUUGUUUCCCUCAAAUCAUGACACCUUAUCGUGAUAAUGGGCAUAUGACUUUGCGGCAAAGAAAUUAUAACUACAAAUUGUCAAAAGUACGAAGCAAUGUUGAAAGAAGUUUGGCUUUACUAAAACAACGAUGUCGAU